AUGGCGGUUGACACUCUUGCCCUCGUGGCAACUGCCCUUGCAGAAGCCAGCCCAGGAGGGGUCCCGGGGGACCAGGUACCAGCCCUGCUCCGGGCCGCCUUGGUGCUGGCUGGGCUCGAAGCUUCUUCUUCACUGUCUUCCCGCGGGCGGCGCCGGCAGACGCGGCAAGUCCGUGACCCCGUCUAUCGCUCCCCUCUUGGCCGUGCCCCUGCGUGCUUGCACCAUCGGCUGCAGCAGACAUUUCGGCGCUCGCAGCGGCAAUCGGCGCAUCCUCCUUGGCCAAGUCUCCGUCCAGGGAUGGCAGAGGGUGAAAAUGAGCCGCUGCCAGAGGCAGCGUCAAGCCUGCCAAGCUCGCCCACAAACCCUGGAGCCACCACAAUCGCCGUCCUUAUCAGAGUCGCACCAGCAGCAACCGCCUCUGGCCCCACAGCCCCCGCCGCCUCAGCCACCGCAGUCACCUCCAACUCAGUCAACGUUGCGGCGUUUCCCACUGUUGCCGCGGCCGCCGCCGCCUCGUCCCCCGGUGUCCCCUGUUCCUCCACCACUUCCCCAGGUGCUGCUAUUCCCUCCCGUCCCACCAACUCCUCGCGCUGCUGCUCGUGUAGCUGCGACUCCUCUCCAUGUCAAGUAGCGCGUAAUGCACGUGGGGACGUGCUUGAUGCUGCUGUCAUACGCGCCCCUGGUGCAGCGCUCGGGCCCGGCCAUGGGGCGAUGAUGCGGCUUGCUGAGUUUGCUCAGGGGGCCCCUCUCGGCCUUGUAUCAACGGCCGCAUCCGUCCUUUGCUGGAUGGACGGGAGGCUGUGCUAG